GUUGAAUUUUUCCUUGUGAAGUUGCACGAGCUUUGUUGUUGUGUGUGUUGUAAUUUUUAAAGAGCCUGUUCUCCUGAAAUGCAGCCACAGCUUCUGUAGAGAGUGUCUGAAGCAGUACUGGGAAGUGAAGAGCUUUCGAGAGUGUCCCAUCUGCAGGAGAAAGGCCUCUGUGGAUUCUCCUCCAGUAAACCUGGCUUUAGGAAGCACUGUGGAGUUCUACUUCAAGCAGAAGACUGAGACUCAAAUUACAGACAUGAGUGACACUCACUGCAGUCUCCAUGGCGAGAAACUUCUAUUAUUCUGCGAACAUGACAAAGAGCCUCUCUGCCUCGUCUGUCAGACCUCAAAAAAACACAAAAAACACUCGGUCUGUCCAGUAGAAGAGGCUGCACUGGAUCUGAAGGAGGAACUCAAGCCUGCACUUAAUCUUAUUAAAGAAAAACUGAAGAGGUUUACUGAGGUUGAACAAGAAUGUAAGGAAACAGCAGAACAUAUCAGGAGUCAGGUCCAGCACACAGAGAGGCAGAUAAAGACAGAGUUUGAGAAGCUCCACCAGUUCCUGCAAGAGGAGGAGGCGGCCAGACUAGCUGCUCUGAGGGAGGAAGAGGAGCAGAAGAAUCAGAUAAUGAAGGAGAAGAUAGAAAACAUCACAGGACACAUCUCCACUCUUUCAGACAAAAUCACAGCUAUAGAGAAGGCCAUGGACACUGAAGACACCUCCUUUUUACAGAGCUACAAGAACAUCAAGGAAAGAGCCCAGUGCACACUGCAGGAUCCAGAGCUGCUCUCACUGAUAGUUGUGGCCAAACACCUGGGCAACCUGAAGUUCAGAGUCUGGAAGAAGAUGCUGGAGAUGGUGCAGUACACUCCUGUGGUGCUGGACCCCAAUACUGUACGUGCCACUCUAUCUCUCUCUGAUGAUCUGGCCACUGUGAGACACACAGGUACAGACCAGGAAUAUCCUGACAACCCAGAGAGGUUUAAUCCCUGUGUGUGUGUGCUGGGAUCUGAGGGGUUUACCUCAGGGACACACAGCUGGGAGGUGAAGGUUGGGAAUAAACUUGAGUGGGAUAUAGGAGUGGUGAAAGAGUCCAUCAGUAGGAAGGGAGAUAUAACAUGCAGCCCAGAGAGAGGAUUCUGGGUCUUAUUUCUGAGGAAUGGUGAUGAGUACUGUGUAGCUGAAGCUGCCCUCACACUGAAGAGGAAACCCCAGAGCAUCAGAGUGCAGCUGGACUAUGACAGGGGGGAGGUGUCCUUCUUCGACUCCAGUGACAUGUCAGUCAUUUACUGUUGUAAAGACACAUUUACUGAGAGAGUGUUUCCAUACUUCUCUAUCGGUUUAAACAAAGACGGUAGGAAUGAAGAAGCCCUCCUUAUAUGCCAAGCGAAAGUUUCUGUAACCAUGACGUUGGCCUAGUGAACAUGUUUUUUUUUUUUAAUGAACAAAGUAGAGAUGUUGCACUAAGGGAUUUAGGUUAUUUCUAAUCUGCCUCAGCAUGUCAGGUUAUUGACUUGAUCUGGGGCAGAACUGCUGCACAUGUGAAUUGACCAAAGGGAGCUGGUUUAUGGCCUACCAGAACCAAACGGGAGGCAGACACACAGAGGUAACAAUGUAUAAAGGAUAGUAAUUCCAUCUGCAGGAGCAUCCCGCUCGUGAAUCCCAGUAACGUUAAUUGAAUUAUUGAAUAGGUGAUAUUAUUCAAUAAGAGGACCUCCGUAUUGGGUCAUUGGUGGCACCUGUGUGGUAGGCAGUGUCGAGCUGAUGAAAGUGCCUCGUACGAGUUGGUGACAGAGCGGGGGAGAAUCAACUGCUGCAGGACGCCAACAUCCCACGCCGGAAUGCCGAAUGGUGAACUUUGGUUGUUUUUGUGUUGCCCUGGUAAGCUAAAUACAUGAUACGCUCUGAUCAGAUUGAUGCAUGUUAUCCCUCGCAGUUAUUGGGAUUAUCAAUGUCCUGUACACCCCAAAUUUAUUGGGUAAUGUUUGUCCAGUGUCGGUGGGGGUUGAGUGGUGUCCAGCAGUGAAACCCGCCGUGGUAAAAUUUGUGUAAUCGUUGUAUUGACGUGGGGGGAAGAGAAGGAGAAAUUCCCCCUGAAUAUUGCUUGUGGGCGUGAGCGUCUGCGCUUAUAUUUCUGUAAGGAUUGUGCAUCUUGGGGGGAGUCGGAUUUAAACCACUCAGCAUUGGCAUAUGGUAGGCUGGUCCUGAUUCUCCUCCCACAGCAUUUUAUGAACUUGUUGUUUAAUGGUUAUAUGAUAAAAAAUAAUAUUGUAUUUUGUUAAACCCACUGUCUGUUUUGGCCUACACCCAGUUAUUCAACCCUAUU